AUGACUCUGGCAUCUCAGAAGGUAGCGCGAACUCCAGAACUCAUUGGCAUCAUCAUUAAGCAAGUUCUCGCCGGAACCUCCAACCUGGCUCGUAACGAUGAGCUGCUGUCGCUCAUGAUCGUCUCGCGUAGCUUUUCAUCAGUAUCUCUAGACACUCUUUGGGAGAACCAGACUUCACUUGUUCCUCUCUUCCUGACCCUGCGGCCGGUGGCACGGCUGUUCCGAUUGAAAGACGAGACGCGAAUUCUACGCUUUGAGCCUGGCUACAAGAGCCCUCCAUGGAAGCGCUUUCACUCAUACGCACGGCGCGUGAAGGUGCUCGAUGACAGUCAAGACAACGGCAACCUUCGCUGCAACAUCACUCUCCACCCUUCACUAUUCCAGGGACUAGACCCCAAGUCCACAAUCUUGCCGAUGCUCCAAACUCUCAGGCUGCAUUCCAGGGUUGUCAACAGUCUUCACAAGGCAAUAACCCUCCACGUACCGACGAGCACCACUGACACACGCUUGCUCUUCGUACGUCGCGACCUCGAAGGAAAAGACAAGAAAUGCAAAUCGAUCACUCUGGGUGCCCUAUGCGACAUGCGCUCGCUGCGCUGUCUUGGCGUUCAAUACGUGCCGCAAUUUGCGCAAUGGCUAGAGACGCGGGGACCACUGCCCAAUCUGCAUACUUUCGAAGCCUUUAGGCCCAACGGAAUCCAACGGGAUUACAAAUCGCCAACAUAUCCUUCUGCCGGCAACUUCAGCCCCAGCAUUGUGCGGCUCAUCCAGCCCUCGUCUGUAGUCGAUGCGGCCAGGACCCUGGGCAGUCUACCACGGACCAAAAAGAGAAACUCGGUGAUCGCGCUGGAGAUCACCGUCCCUCGCGGUGCCGACAACAUAAAGCGCAUCGGGUCCUACAAGCAAACCAUCGACCUCUAUCGCGAAAUCCACGCGUACUGCGACCCGUCGACGCUCACCCAUCUCUGCGUAUUCACCGGCAACGCUUUCUCGGGACUCCUCUUCCGCGCGAGCUCCCUUUUCGCCGACCUCCUCGGUUUCAAAAAUAUGGAGCACCUUGACAUAGUCUUCUGCUGUCGCCACGCGAACCUCGCGGACGCUAUUGACACCUUCUCUUUUGCCUUCCCGCGCCUCAAGUUCCUCAGCCUCGUCAUCCAGCGGCCGGAGCGCUCGAACGCUGAGAAAUACCUUGCUCUACCUACCUUUGACGCCCUCCUGCCACUCGUGCGCCGCUGCCCUCUUCUCGAGUACGUGCGCUUGCCGCUACGCGUCGGCUGGUCAUGGUACUCCGACAAAUCAUUGCCGAAGUCGGUAGCCGUCCGGCCUCUGACGCUCAACGUUAUGCCGAGCGCUUCGUUGUUCGAACCACUGGAACAAAGCUUCGUAAAUAGCGUUGCAUCCAUUCUGCGCAAGCUAUUUCCGGGCCUUCGGAGGAUAGAGGGGUUCUGGUCGGGUCGAACAGAUUUUCAGUCGAAUCAAACAGAUCUCCCGGAAAACUUUGCUAGGACGAAAGCGAACUGGGAGGAGGUGGAGGACAUAGUCGCGAAUAGAAUGCUCCGGCGUCUGUCGCGGUGGAAUAUCUAG